UGCCCUUCGAAAGACGCUACAGCCGUGUCCGUGUCCCCUACCAAAUUCAUCCCGAUAUCUGGAAGGCCAGCGUGCAACAGCGAGAAUAGUUUGCGUUCCCAACACAGACGUAAUCAGUGCAAGAGAGACGGGCCAAAUAUUUCCCACGCUAUUUUGCUUUCAACCACCAUUAUCUCUGCAGCUCUCUAGGCUCGGAUUUUCUUCUACCUCGACGCUUGACGCGACUUUGAGUCACGAACAAAGACGGCUACGACUGCAGAUCAUCUAUAUGCUAUAACGGUAACGGCAGUGUCAUCGUUCUAUGCGAUGGCCACGUUACAAAAUGACGGGAAAUCCACAAAGCGCUAUGCGAAGGUCUAGUACAAAGAUUCUAGCUGCAAAGACAGUUUCAUCAUCAUCAAAUGGACCUAGGACCAUUCAUUUAUAACAAGCCGCGCAAGUUCAUACGAAAUAUCAUGCAUGGUCUGGAUCCAGACCCAUUGCAGACGAUAUAUCCUCCAGCCGCUAUCCAGGAAGACGGCCGAAAAGUCGAGAUAACCGGUCCUCGCUAUCUCGGCUCUUACAGCUGGCUGACCGGCCGAACACCCAGAAUCCUCGUCCCCGGCGCGCCCCGCAUCUGGGUCGACAGACCAACACCCUUCACUCUGUCCCCCGACUCCGGCUUCCAAUCCUGCGACCACAACGCUUACCAGCUCCCCCCCUACCCCCUCCUACCCAUCUUCCUCGCCGUCACCACCACCUUCGACUGGUCCUCCGUGGACGUCGUCGCAGACUGCCACAGCUUCCUCCGUCUCAUCGCCUUCGCCACCGGCCAACGACACGACUUCCGCAUGGACCUGCAGCUCGCCGGGUCCAAGACCGUCUUGUGCACCAGGUGGGAGCCCAAGGUCCUCAUGAGCGCCGACCCGGGCGGGUACGGCCGCAACUUUGAGCGCAUGCUCACGCGCCCUGCGCCUGGGUGCACGAAUGCCGCCUCGCACCACCGAGUGAUCACGUACGACCUUGCGGGGAUGAAGCUCGUCGUGCGGGCCGAGGUCGACGCGUGUUUACCCUCUGGCAAGGCGGCGGCCGCACAUGCGCAACAACAACAACAACCACACGUUCCACCACAGUCCGCCCUGGUGGAGCUGACGACGAAAUCGAAAAACAACUGUUCCCGUGCAUCGAGGAUGGCGUACAAGCACAUGCAGAUGUGUCUCGCGCAGACGCCCAAUCUGAUCUGCGGGACGCACCAGUAUGGUGUGUUCGGCAAGGUGGUGAGGAGGGAAAUGUCGGAUGAGGGGCGGGGCCAGAGGGAGGCGAAGCUUCGGCUGCUCAGAGAUGCUCUGGGGAGCAUCCAGCAGCUGGUGGUCGACGCGGGGCGGGGCGGCAGGUUGACGCUUGUUUAUAAGGAUAGAGUGUUGAAGCUCUAUCGGAGGAGCUCGAUGAACAGUCUGUUGCCUGAAGAGUAUAUGAGGAUGUUCCAGCCGAACGCCUCGGUCUUUUUUCGAUUGUUUAAUAGGUGAUGGUGGCAAAUGACUCUGAGAAUGCGACUAUACGACAGUGCACAGACCGAAGCGGCGUAAAGCAGCAUCACAACUCCCCUCCCUUCUCUCAUAUGAGGCCGGAGACGUACUCUGCCUUUCCUUUCAUCUCAGCGAUAUCUUCAUCUCCCAUCUGAGAGGAUCGAGCGCGUACAUCUCUUCUUACCCGCUCUUUCUCCUGCUC